AUGCUCUUGAGGGGCGGAUCAGGUGUAGGUGCUGAUACACUUGAUGUGAUGUCGCUUUCGGAUCUGACUCCGGAUAUCACUCAAUUGCCAACGCUAGAACCUAAACGGUUUUUGCGCCAUUUGCGUAGCGGCAAAGUCAAGAAGAUCUGCUUACUCAUUACGGAGGACGAGUACGUUGCCAAUAUGCGAUCUGAAAUAGUAUUUGCUGAGAACAAACGGAUUCUCAGCAGCUCAUCGAUAGACGAUUUGAUCGAAUUUACGGAUGUGUCCCCUGAAUCCGUACUAUGUGGGCUGCUUAAGGCUAAAGGCACUCGACACGAGAUCGAUCUGUUUCCAGCACAAACUAUUCUGUGCCCACUGCCUCGUGCACAGGUCGAGGGAUAG